AUGAAAUUCCCUAGACGAAUUGAAGGGUCGAUAUGCGGCACCGGUUUACUACUGCGACGGCCAGCAUCGAGCUGGCAGAAUCCGACGACCUACACCGGUACAGGAAAGCCGCGCCAUUGGGGCUUCCGCGCGGUCACAGGACGCUCUAUUCGGCCGAGGAGCAAGACUUGUCCGAGCAGUGGUGCACAAUUUUUCACAGUUUCGUAUCCUCGACGACACGAUAACGCAAAUGUUGCCAAGCUGGAGCGGGAGCUCGAAACUAAUCAGCUCGUCUCUCCGAAGGCAAUCGGCGCCAAGAAUGGCAUGCCGGCCGAUGAAUACCUGGAGAAGGGGAACAAGCUUUCCAAGGAGGAACUGUUGGGGUUUGUGGGAACAUAUGACGACGACGACACGGCAGACUUUCAACUCCGACUACUCAAGGAUCCGUACCUUCGAGGAUAUGCAACCCCCAACGGGCCUGACCUAUCUGUGUCAAAUAAAAAGGAAGACUCACAGUUCCCGUCUUUUGAGGAGGUAACCACGCCAAACGAGGAGGAGCGUACCGUGCUUUGGAAACUCUGGAAUGCGAUUCUCCGAAGAAGACGUAACCCUCUCAAGGUUGAUGCACAGUACAUUUACCAUCUGUACUGCCAGCUCCCAGAGCCUCGCAUGCCAUAUCUCCACUCAAAGCUUCGACAUGAGCUGCUCCGCUCCCUAUCCUAUGGAGAAAAACCAUCGGCCAAGGCUAUGCUUCGGUACUUCGCUGUCAUAGCCGAUGUCAAAGAAUGCGGCUAUGCUUUGUUGCCAGUGGAGUGGAACAUGGCGGUCCAUCUCGCAACCAAGCACUUGAGCGUCGUCACGGAGGCUCAAGUCGAAUCUGGGCUGAAUAUUUGGCGAGAGAUGGAGCAUCAGGCAAAGAUUGCCGCGGAUGGCAUGACGUUCAACAUACUGUUUGACAGCGCAACAAAGGCAGGGAACUUUGCCUUAGCCGAGAUGGUCUAUGCGGAGAUGGUAAAACGAGGGCAUCCGUUCACCCGCUACCAUCACGUGUCCCUGAUAUUUUUCUUUGGACUCAAAAUGGAAAGCGACGGCGUAAGAGCUGCCUACAGAGAAAUGGUCAGCGCCGGGGAGAUUAUUGACAAUGCUGUCCUCAACUGCCUCAUUGCUUCCUUUCUGAGAUGUGGCGAAGAAGUCGACGCGUUGGAACUUUACGAGCGCAUGAAGGCGUCCGUCGAGAAUUCCGCCCACCUGCCAGCACAAACGAAUAUGACGCAAAAGGCCGUGACCCGAGUCCUAAUGAUGUUUGCGCGUGUAGCAAGGAGCCACCCUGCCAUGCGUGGAGAAAUGCAAGCCGCCGCUUCGCUAGCACCGGACUUGCGGACGUAUCGCAUUCUCAUCAGGCACUUUGCCAUCAAUGUCGGCAGGAUCGACCAAGUCGCAAAAUUUUUGAACGAGAUGAAGCACUUUCAGAUACCCGUACACGGUGGCAUCUUUCUCUCGCUGUUCAAGGGAUUUGCUUUGCACGGCGCCAAGGCAGGCUCAGACUGGAGCCCCCAAAGGCUCUUUAGCGUAUGGGAGGCCUUUCUUCAUGCCAUCGAUGGCGGCGCGGAAGGUCUUUACGUAGACACCUGGCUUGCCCUUUGGAUACUGCGCGCCUUUGAGAAGUGUGGCCAGAGGGAAAUGAUAAUGGACGUCUAUGAAGACUUGAGAGACCGAUGGAAUUUGCCCCCAGACAGGGCAGAUUUUAUGUUGCGCUUUUUGCAGGGCCAGAUGAAGCGGUUGGGUCUAAAGAGCGGCGCGGAAAUGGGACUGGAACCUGAACCAUAA